AUGCUCAACAUCCUCGAGGACUACAUGAACUAUCGCAAGUACAAGUACCUGCGACUGGAUGGUUCGUCCACGAUUGUAGACCGCAGGGAGAUGGUCAAAGACUUUCAGCACAAGUCGGAGAUCUUUGUGUUUCUGCUGAGCACGCGGGCGGGCGGGCUGGGCAUCAACCUGACGGCGGCAGACACGGUGAUCUUCUACGAGAGCGACUGGAACCCCACCAUGGACCUGCAGGCCAUGGACCGCGCGCACCGCCUGGGGCAGACACGCGAGGUGACGGUGUACCGAAUGAUCUGCGGGGGAACGGUGGAGGAGAAGAUAGUGAAGCGCGCCAACCAGAAGAACACCGUGCAGCAGCUCGUCAUGACCGGCCAGGGCGGCGCUGCGGGCGGCGGGCUGGUGGCGGGCGGCGGCGGCGCGGGCGGCGGCGACGUGUUUGAGGCGGAGGAGGUGGUGUCGCUGCUGCUGGACGAUGCUGAGCUGGAGGCGCAGCUUAAAGCCCAGCAGGAGCAGGCUGCUGCCAAACAGCACUCGGUAGGUGGAAAGAGGGGGUGGGUGGGGCUGGGGGGAAAGAGGUUUUGGAAGGAAAGGGGGUUGGUUGGAGGGAGGGAGUCAAUGGGGGGAGGAGGGGGGGAGUUAGGGGCGAGGAGGGGUUGCAGCCAAACAGCACUCGAGGAGGUGGUGUCGCUGCUGCUGGACGAUGCUGAGCUGGAGGCGCAGCUUAAAGCCCAGCAGGAGCAGGCUGCUGCGAAGCAGCACUCGGUAGGAUCGGCGGCGGAGGCGUGGGUCGAAGAAGAUCCGGCUGGAUGCAGAGGGAGGGGAGAGUCGCCACAACCGGAUCGGCGGCGGAGGCGUGGGUCGAAGAAGAUCCGGCUGGAUGCAGAGGGAGGGGAGGCGGUGGAGGAGGAGGAGGGCGCGAGGGGCGGCGAGGAGUCCGGAGGAGCGGGGAGGAGAGAUGGCGGUGCGGGGGCAUCAGAGAAUGUGUCAGGGGGAGAUGUCGUGGGAGGGGGUGAGGGGGCAGGCGCAGGCUCGCAUAAGUCGGAUCGUCCUCCCAGACCCGGAGGCAGAAGCAAAGGGAAAGCAGCCGCAGCCGCAGCUGCUGCUGCUGCUGCUGCUGCUGCUGCUGCUGCUGCAGCUGCUGGUGGGGGUGCUGCUGGGGUGGUGGCUGUUGCUGAUGCUGGCGUAGCAGUGGGCGGACGUAAGAGAGGUAGAGCUGCAGGGGCUGCAGCUGCAGCUGCUGCAGCGGCGGCGGCAGCGGCUGCAGCAGAGGCAGCUGCUGCUGCUGCUGCAGUGGCAACACCAGUAACAGUGGAAGAAGACGAGGACGACGAGGAGGAAGGAGCAGGAGAAGGGAAUGGGUUAAGUGUGGUGAGACGAGCAGGGGGGGGAGGAGGAGGGGAGGGGUCUGAUAUGCUAGCAGGUGCGGAGGGUGGUUUGUCAGAAGCAGAGGAGAGGAACGGGUGGGGGGCGAGAGAGGCAGUUUUCCUGGAGGGAACAGCAGCCAAGAGACGAAGAGGACCCACUCCUCAAAGAAGGCGAUUGAGCGCCAUGGGAUGGGUGAAUGAUGGGCGAGGGGGAGAGGAUGGAGGUGGGGGUGGGGGAGGAGGGGGAGGGGAGGGUGGGAGAAGUAGAGGGAGUGGAGUGGGGGAGGAUGAGAGAAGUGGUGGAGGGGAGGUACAGUGGGGAGAUGGGGGUGGGAGCGUGCAGGAGGGAGGGGAGGAGAGAAGUCAGGUUCGACCUAAGGCGCUGCGUGUGAGGUUGAAUAUGAGGCGAGGGAGAGGGGAGGUGAGUGGUGGAGGGGGGGGAGGAGGGGCGGAGGGAGAUGGAGCAGGUGACUGA